AUGUAUGUAUCUAAAGUGGGAGACAAUACAGAAGCCCUAAAAGCAAUCUGGAAAGCACAUCCCCGGUGGAUCUGCCGCAGCACCCACCACGAUGACGCUAACACACGGCUUCACAGCUCUGCAGCAGCGUCAGUCCGACCUCUGACCCCGCGUGUCACUAUCCUCCUCGUCUCCGCGCUCUCAGCUAAACGCCGCCUGACGCAGUACCCCUCCCAUCCACACGUCACGGCGGUGAGUGUGCGUGACAGCCCCAGCGCCCGCCGCGGCCCACACGUCAACCGUGGCCAGCGCACACGCCACACGCAGAGUAAACAAGCCACCAAAGGCCUGCGUUAUGCAAGAGAUGGGAGGUGA